AAAAAUGACCAAAGUAGCAUCUAAGAGCCGCACACUUUCCCCUUCACAGUUCAUCCAAGUCCAAUACAAUAUCAUAACACACCAAAUUCAUUUUGUAAUAACCACACGGAGACCAAAACAUCUAUAAAUGAUAUUUGUACUCACCGUGGCGUUCCGUGGGUCUGGCACAAGCUUAGAAGGAGGACUAGAAAGAUAACUUGGUAAUGUCCAGAAUCCAUCGGGGUGAUAAGAAACACCGAGAAAUGGCGUAAAAUAUUGAUUCACUGCACUGCUCAAGGAACCAGGCGGAGAGGCGGGGCGGCGGGGCACUGCGUGAGGUGAGGUGAAGAGGAGGAUGUCUGCGGUUAUCAAGAAUCUCCUGAGGGUAAAAAUCAAACCUUGACCGGUGAAAAGUUUCUGCAACACUCUUCAUUACUGGAAGAUGUGCACAGGAACCUAACCAGUAACGAAAAAAUAGAUAAAUAAAUAAAAGAAACAGUGACAGACCAACCUGAUUUACCGAAGUUCCGAACACUGAGUAAUGAAGCGAGAAUCCUGAGUCACCGAAGCUUCAUUGUCGAGGAGCCGUGAGGUCGUCCUUGAGAGCUGAGCAUCCCUGAAGGAUGACCUCAAAUAGAGUAGAAGGAGAGAGGGAAAUUGCUUUAUGAACAUCACUGAACGACGACCUCAUAUAUAGUGAAAGGAGAGAAGGAAGUUAGGAAAGACUACAAUGAGUUCGAGUCGAGACAGAAGACUUGGUUCGGAGGAAAGUUUCGAAGUUUGGAAGGCUAUGGCGAGCAGCGGGGCGGUGUGGGGAGUGCGGGGGCGUGGCGAGGCGUCCUGCCGGGUGUUGCUGUUGCUGCUGCUGCUGGCGUGCAUCACCGGAAGUGUGGAGGGGCAGUGUGACGGGUCCCCGCUGUACCUUGGUCCCCGAAACAGCUCCCUAAACGUAGCCUUCCCCGAGGUGAACUGGGAUGCGCACAGCAACACAUGGCGCCCCUACCAGUACUACCCGACCUCGGUGCGCUGUACGUGGGUGGUGCGAGCCCCCGCCGCCCACGUCCUCACCGCUGCCUUCCUGCAUUUCGACACCGAGAAAGACUAUGACUUUGUUACCAUAUACAGCUCGGAGGCGCGGACGCAACAGCUGCUGCGGGAGUCAGGAGACCUCACAGGGGAGUGGUUCAUCACCUCUCCUGAAGACACCUUGGUCAUUGAUUUUCUGAGUGACGAUUACACCACCUACUAUGGCUUCAUACUGGCUUACCGCUACGAGCCCAGAGCGUGCGUGGAGGGCGGCGUGACGGUGACGGAGGACCAGCUCAUUGCCCUGCCAACCCUCAACCUUCGCGGGGUGUUGCCUGGACCACGGCCCGACAAAGACGAGGACAAACCACAAAAACUGCAGCUGGAGGUUCCCAAGGGCGGCGCGAGCUGGCAGGUGCGGGAUGGAGGGUCGUGGGUGGCGCGCAUCCAGUACCCCUUGUGGAUGAACUGCACCUGGCGCGUUGCCGUGUCGCCGCGCCAAGUGGUGGAGCUGGAUAUCCUUCGCUUCAGCACCGCGGAGAGGGAUCUGCUCACAGUGUGGGAGGUGGGGGCGCGGGGACCCAGACCUCUGAUGAGCCAUGGUGGGACUGAGCUUCCCCCGCGCCGCACCUUCCGUUCCUCAUGGCCUCUGCUCAUCACCUUCAACACUCACUCCGGGGAGGGCGGCCAAGGCUUCCUGCUGGAUCUCACUUAUAUCACCAGAGCGUGCGAGCCUCAGCGGCAGGAGCUCGGGGCCCCGCGUGGCUUGGUGGCCUAUCCUAAGUACAACCUUCUUCCGGGGAGUAAGGGCAAACACGGGGCACCAGGCUGGCGGAAGGACGGGCAGGAGGAGGACGAUGCCGAUGGAAGGGCGGUGUACUACGGGCCUGAUUCCUGCCGCUGGGUCCUGCGUUCCCCACCUGGCUACAACCUGCAGGUGACCGUGAUGCACCUGGACACCCGCCCUCAGGACCUUAUCAGGGUGGUGGAGGGCGACGAGCUGGUAAUGGCCUUGAGUGGCGGUCUGCCUGCCAAGAGGAACUUCGUCUCUCAAGGCUCAGAGAUCACGCUCAAGUUUGACCCACUGGAAGACACGACCAGAACUGGCUUCCUUCUGCAGUACUCCUGGCUACUCGUGGAGUGUGGCGGGGAGGUCCUGGUGCACGGGUCAGGUCAGGUCAAGUCUCCCUACUACCCUGACACGUACGGGUCCAAUGUGACCUGCCAGUGGAAGCUGACCCCGCCCCCAGGCCACCUGCUGCACCUGCUGGUCACGAGGCUCAAGCUGGACGCUGGGGACGCGCUGCAGGUGAAGGACGGCGAGAAGGACCUCAAAAUAGCCAGGGAUCCGGACUCUUCUACAGGACGUCUCUUCGAACUGCGUCCCGAUCCCUCCGUCAACCUCUUCUUCAGCAGUGACUCGCAGCACAACGAAGGCUAUUUCCUCAUCAAGUACGCCGCUUUCACCCUCGGGAGCUGCGACUUCGGGCUGUCCCCUUGUGGCUGGACUGCUUCUGAUCCUCUUCAGGCCUGGGCCUUCCAUCCCACCCAGGGCAUGAUGGUCGUGGCCGAGGAAUCCACUGCUGGACUACAGCUUCCCAGAGGCUACCGCGCCAUCCUCACCUCCCCUUGGGUCACACCAAUCACAGACAUGGGCCACGGGGAGCCUGAGGACGUGUGCCUGAGCUUUGACUACCUCCUGGACGGGCCUGACGCGUUCUUACUGUCGGCGUGGCUGGUGCAGGAGGGAGAGGGGCGAGGAGCCAUGCCAAGGUUCACUCCCCUAGCGUUCCUCCACGGGCCCCACGGCAACCGCUCCCUCACCGCCGCUGUCAACUUUACCGUCUCCAGCAGCGCUUCCUUCAGAGUGGUGAUGCAAUAUGAGCGAGGUUACGGCCGCGAGUACCGAGCGGGCGUGGGCGGCGUGUGGGUGGGACGCGGGCGGCAGUGUGGGCGUGAGCUGGACCACCUGAGGGCCACCAGCUGCAACUUCACGCGGGACUUGUGUGGAUGGACCAACACGCACACGGAUCACACCAACUGGCAGCUGACUGACCAGGGAGUGGAGGCUGUGGAGCUUGGUGGCAGUGACGAUGGCGGCCAGCGAUGGGCGGACCUCAUCUCUCCACUAGUGGCGCGCGGUGACCUGAGGAAGAGGGAGGAGCAGGCAGAAACACAGAAGGCACGCGAGAACAUGGAAGAGGAGGAGGAAGGGGAAGGAGGUGCUGCUUGCUUUAAUCUCCUCUACCGUGUGUUGUCUGGCAAUGCGGAGCUUCGUGUGGUGUUGAGGUUAAAAGGAGAUGGCGAGGAGGCACACCAGACGCCAGGUAGCAAGGAGAACCAAGAGGGCGAGCAGGUGCUGUGGAGCCAAGGCCGCGUGGAGAGUCCCGGAGUGCUGCGGGCUUUGGUUAACCUGCCUCAAGUCCUGCCCAGCCAGUACCAGUUGGUGCUGCGGGCGGUGGGCGUGGGCGGCAGCAGCGGCGGCGGGGGCGUGGCGGUGCGGGCGGCGCGGCUGGAGGCAGGGCGCUGUUCUGGGGGAGCCUCGUGUUCCUUUGACUCUGGUUUCUGCUCCUGGAAAGUAUCUUACACCGGCGGUACUGUGUGGUACAUCCGCCAGCACGAAGCAGAGGAGGAAGGGAGCCACGCCGCCGUGCUUGUGGGAGGCACGCCUGGGGGACUCCACUUGUUUGAUCAGCGAGACGGUGUCCUCCUCUCGGCAGCCUCGAUCCUUCUCCUUCAGGUACCGCCUCAUGGGAACUAGCAGGUGUCUCUCAGUGGCUCAGCAAGUUGUGGCCCACAGACCGAACACCCAGGCCAGCUCUGCUCCCGCUAACAUCACCACCACAACCACCACAACCAUCUGGAGACAGUGCCGCAGCAAGGGAGAUCACUGGCUGUAUGAGUGUGUGACGCUUCCCCCAUCUUCGCUACCCUACCAGGUUGUAGUGAAGGCGACAGCAGACGAACCUGCCACUGAGGUCUGGAUCGACGAUGUGCAGCUGUUUUCUGGAGCCUGCAACGCCACCCUGCCGCAGGAUACUGCAGGAGCAGGCGUCUUUGGAUCUUACUCCGGUCCGAACUCACUAUCGCGCAUGCCUGGCCUUGAGAUUUCCAGCGGCGGCCCCGGAGCUCCCCAAGGCGGACUGUCGGGUCCCGCUCAGUGGAGGUGCGAGCCGCGUGGGUCCCUGUGCGGCAUGACCCAGCCCAGCCCAGGCCAAGGAGACUGGGUGUACGUGGAGGCGAGGCGGUCAGGCAUGCCACUCAACGCCACCAUUCCCCCGACCACCACCACGACCACCACCACCACCACCACGCCCCGUCCCGGUAUCCUGUCCCCCCUCUGGCCGCCCCACCUGCAAGGACGGAAGCCCGCUGGAAGAGGAGUGGCUCUGUGACGGCGUAGAGGACUGCCCGGACCGCAGCGACGAGGAGGG